AUAAUCCCUUGACCCGGCAUGUUGCCCCCUCAUUCGGGCCCCCUUUGGGGCUGCUAGAAUUGCUGCUGCCUGCUGCGCGAAGAAGACCUGGGCGCAUCUCUGGGACUUGCCAUGACAAGUCUGAACGUUAGCCAUGCAGAGAAAACUGGUGACAUGUCUUCAAAGCAGCCGACGCCAAAAGUGCAGGUUCAGCGAUCUGUUUCCCGAGAAACCAUCACCAUUCAUUUCUCAGCGUUUGGGAAGGAGGAAGAGGAGGAGGAAGAAGAGUUCAAAGAGUCUCCCUCUGAGGCACUGGGCGACCAGAGCAUUGUAACUGCACUGGAGGCUAAGGAAGACCUCUGCUUUGAUCUUGGUGACCAUGACUCUUCAGGUUGCACUACCUCUCUUAACAUGGCUGCAUCUCCACUCACCUUGUGUCCCCCAGUCACGCCAACUGCUAAGCCAUCAGAAUCCCAAGUGUAUGGUGUCGUGCCAUUAGCUCCGUUGUUGUCGUCCUCCUCCUCCCCUCAUGUAUGUCAUAGCCCUGCCCCAUCGGGUGGGGCAUUGCCUUCAGAACUGAGAGCCGGUGUAUCGUCUUCUCCACAGCCCUCCCCUUCCAAGUCCUUCAGCUUGUCUGGCACAUCACCCACCGUUACUAGCUCAAAGCCUUUCAUGAGUCUGGUGAAGUCCCUUUCGACAGACAUUGAACCAAAAGAGCCCACUCCGCCCACAAGACACAGACAGUUGAUGAAAUCCCUGGUGAAGUCUCUGUCCACAGAUACUUCCAAACAGGAGCCUGAAACUGUGCCACACAAACCAGCCGAUUCUAAGCUGAACUUGCACCUGUUCAAGCAGUUCACGCAGCCUCGGAGCACAGGUGGCGAUUCCAAAACGGCUCCCUCAUCCCCCUUAACGUCUCCUUCAGACACUCGCUCCUUUUUUAAAGUACCUGAAAUGGAGGCCAAAAUUGAGGACACAAAAAGACGCCUUUCGGAAGUGAUUUAUGAACCUUUCCAGCUCCUCAGCAAAAUAAUGGGUGACGAGAGUAGUAGUAGUAGUAGCCACAGGCCCAAAGCCUUAUCUUCAAGUGCUUCAGAACUGUCUAAUCUUUCCAGCUUGAACGGCCAUUUGGAAAGCAAUAACAACUAUAGCAUUAAAGAGGAAGAAUGUGAUUCUGAAGGGGACUUCUAUGGAAGUGACUCCAGUUUAAACAAGAGCACUAAACUGCCCCAGACCGUUGAAGAGCAUACGAAAGAGGUGGAAAGUAGAAGUUCCCCGUUGUUAAGCACAAAGGACUUCGCCUCAAAGGCAUCCUUGGCACUUGAAAGAUGUUCUCUGUCUGCCUUGGCAAGCAAAGAAGAUGAAGAGUUCUGUGAACUGUACUCUGAGGACUUCUGCUUGAUAGAGGAUGACAAACCUGACAAACCAUUGGAAGACCCUCAGAAAAUGGAGAUGCCUGGGGAAAGCUCUACAACACCUUUCAGCAGCAAAGGUGAAGUUGAACUUCAUGUGCAACAGCCCAGACUUCCAAUGAAGACAUUAUAUGUUCUCACAUUGCUGAUCUAUGCUUACCUUAUACUCCCCCUCCCUAGUUACUUCAGUGGACUCUUCUUGGGAGUUGCCAUUGGAUUUAUGAUAGCUGUCUGUGCAAUUUGGCUUUUUACACCAAGUGCCAGGUACAGUAGGAUCAAUACACAUUGGAACAAGCCGUUGCAUAUAGAACCAUUGGACAUCAGAGAGCCUGAGAUAUUGAAGGGUUGGAUGAAUGAAAUCCAUAACUAUGAUCCGGAAACCUACCAUGCUACAUUGACUCACUCUGUCUAUGUGAGGCUUGAAGGAAGCACCUUGAGACUUUCGAAACCCAAUAAAAAUAUUUCCAGAAGGGCUACUUACAAUGAAGCCAAGCCAGAUGUUACCUAUGUUAGCCAGAAAAUUUAUGACCUUACGGACAGCAAGAUUCAUCUGGUCCCCAAAAGUUUGGCUAGAAAACGAAUCUGGAAUAAAAAGUAUCCUAUUUUCAUUGAGCUUGGGAAACAAGAUGACUUCAUGGCUAAAGCCCAGACUGAUAAAGAGAGCUCAGAAGAGAAGCCUCCUGUUGAAAAAACAGACCCAAGCAAUGAAGAAUCCAAGAAGCUAUCUCAAGACGGGGCAAAAUCCACCAUUCAGAAGGACCAAGUACUGUAUCUCUUUGGAAGGACUGGAAGGGAGAAGGAGGAAUGGUUUAGGAGAUUUGUUCUGGCUUCCAAACUGAAAUCUGAAGGGAAAAAGCCAAUUUCUGUAUGUGGAAAUAAACCAGGAUUCUUGCCAACCCACAGCAGAUCGAAUAGCCAGUCUGGAGGUCUCACGCACAGCCGUAGCAGCAGCAAAGGCAGUGUGGAAGAAAUCCUUUCUCAGCCAAAGUCGAAGGAACUGGCCACCAGCACAAGACAAAAAAUGUUACUGGACUAUAAUGUCUACAUGGCCAAGUGCAUUCCACAAGAACAUGCAAGCCCCAUUGCCAGUCCAGUUCACAGUGCCAACAGCAGCCCUACAGCUAUGAAGAAGUUGCCAGAUGCUCAUGAUGAGGAAGAGGAACAGGAAGCCUGGGUAAAUGCUUUGCUUGGAAGAAUCUUCUGGGAUUUUCUGGGAGAAAAAUACUGGUCUGAUAUGGUCUCCAAGAAGAUACAAAUGAAGCUCAGCAAGAUAAAGUUACCAUACUUCAUGAAUGAGUUAACACUAACUGAGCUUGACAUGGGCAUUGCAGUGCCGAGAAUCCUUCAAGCCUACAAACCUGCUGUUGAUUAUAAAGGGCUUUGGAUUGAUUUGGAAAUAUCUUACAAUGGAUCUUUUCUAAUGACCCUUGAGACCAAAAUGAAUUUGACCAAACUGGGGAAGGAGCCUCUGGGUGAAGCACUGAAAGUCGGAGAAAUUGGCAGAGAAGGUUUCAGGCCACGCGCCUAUUGCCUUGCAGACAGUGAUGAGGAAUCUUCCAGUGCUGGCUCCUCAGAGGAAGAUGAUGCUCCCGAAGCAACAGGAAGUGAAAAGCCUUUAGUGCCAGGAGCGGAAGGGUAUGUGGGAGGGCACCGAACAAGUAAAAUAAUGAGAUUUGUAGAUAAAAUCACCAAGUCGAAAUAUUUCCAGAAAGCAACCGAGACUGAGUUCAUCAAGAAAAAGAUUGAAGAGGUAUCAAAUACUCCACUGUUGCUAACUGUUGAGGUACAAGAAUGUAAAGGAACACUAGCUGUUAACAUUCCUCCACCACCUACUGAUAGGAUAUGGUACGGUUUUCGAAGACCACCUUAUCUGGAGCUAAAAGCUCGCCCAAAGCUUGGUGAGAGGGAAGUGACUUUGGUUCAUGUGACUGAGUGGAUAGAGAAAAAACUGGAGCAAGAAUUCCAGAAAAUUUUUGUCAUGCCAAACAUGGACGAUGUUUAUAUCCCUCUUAUGCACUCAGCCAUGGAUCCCCGCUCCUGUGUGUGCCCUCCGAAAGAGUCUGUCACGGAUGCUACUGAUCAGCCAUGAAAUGUGAAGACUGCAGUUUACAGUAUUAACAGAUAUUAUCAUGGUUGUGUUUUUUAAAAUGAAACUGUCUAGACUUUUUGUCCUUGUGCCAUGUUUCGUUUGGUUUUUUUGAAGAGGAUUGCUUUAAUGCCACUUGUUGCUCCCAGUGUCCAGAUUGUGAUCCUAUCUGUUUGAGUUACAUUCAUUCCAUUUUCUAAACUGGUCUGUAACCUUGCAGCAGCUGCUGUUGGGCUUUCAGCACAGCAAUUAAUUAAUGUGCAAUAUGUUGCUGUAAAAAAUUAGAAAAGUCACAUCCGUGGUAAUUGAUCCAAGAGCUUUGACAUUGAGGGGUUUUUUGUUUGUUUUUUGUGAGCAUGCAGCACUGACAGUGCACACGGGCUUGUCUUCUGCAGUCCCACGAAACUUAUCGUUGGUUUUUAAAAAAAGUGUGCAACUGGAAGACCUCCCCCAUAUACUCCUCUUCUCUUUCUCUCUCAGGCAGUAGGAGGUGUAAAAUGAACUGGUAUGUUCUUUCCACUUCUGCAGUCCGAUAGCUUGUGUCAAGCAAUUCUAAAAGGCUUUCCGGAGUUAAGAAUGUAAAUUAGAUGUACAGGUGAUAAUUGUGAAUCACUUCACAUGGAUUAUACAUAGUAACUUAUAUAUUUUUUUUUCAUACAAAAUUGUACUUCUUUUGGAAGCAAGUAGCCAUAUAACACAUGCAAGCAUACAGAAUUGGUUGACAAGGGACCUGAUGAUUCUUGGGGUUGGGUGGGAAAUUAGGCAAAGCCAUGACAUAAAACCAUCAUAAGCCUUUUUAUUUAGUGAGAUACAAUCACAGUGUCUUGAUUUAACAGUGAAUGUUAAGACAUUAACACAUAUGGAAGUAUCUAAUGCUGUGUUGUACAUGUGUCAGUGCACUAGAAAUGACUGUACAGAUGGAGUCAUUCAGCUUGACUAAAUUUGUCCCACAUUCCUGUUUUCCUUAUUUGCAUACUCUAUUCCUGCAUAAAGUACAAGGAGUCCACCUCUGUGCAACUUUUUAAAGAGGGUCAGAUCUUUACUGUAACUUGUUUGUCAGUGAAGAUACCUGGUAGUCCAUCUUGUUGUGAAAACAAGAAGGGCAUCAAGACUUCAAAGCAUUAUGGCCAACACUCCAGAGUAAUUGCCUUGCUUUACUUUUCUGUAUGGAUGUUGUGACUAAACCAUAAAUCAUAAACAAUUUUGAACACUACAAAAAUGAUCAAAACCAGUAAUGAGUGUUUCUUAAUACUCAGCGUUGCCAAUGUACAUGAAAAGAAUGUUAAAUUAGUUUACAAAGAAGGUGAGCUGUUGAACUCACCAUUUAAAUAGUGUACUAUGCUUUAAGUGGUUUUUAAACAUUUUUGUAUGUUGUAUUUAGUUACUGUGUAUAAAAGUUCUCAUGAUUUGCCAUCGCUAAACAAAGUAAAUUGAAUGAUUUUUAAGCACCUUGCCUGAAACACAUUUAAAGAAAAUUUGCAUUUAAUAUAUUUAAGUACUUAUUAUUUAGACACAUAUUUUUGUUACCUAAACCUCUUGCGUUCAUUCCAUUCUGUGUACUGUUUCCAGCUGUUGUUCUAUGAAAACAUUUUUGCCUCUUCCUGAAGACUGCAUGUCUUGUUCAGUUUUCUUUUUCACUGUGUGCAAUAACAAAUUCUAAAAGCCUAGGUGCACUAAUGUGAAAACAGAUCUCCAGAUUUGACACAAGUGACUUCAUUGCACUUCAUAAUUAGACUAUGUGGGUUAUUACAAUGGGCUUGCUUUGUUCCUAAAAUAAAUUUAUUCCACAUCAA